CUACUACCGAAAUAUAUAAAAAUUUAAUUUCUGUUAGGCUUAGAUGAGGGAGUACUUAACUACAAAAUGAUUACCAUAUGAAUAAUGUAUCAUUUGAAAUAUCCUAGCAAAAAUUCUCUAAUUUUUAUUUUCUCUAAAAUCUUCCUCUGGUUGCUUUUAAUUUGAUCCUGUGUUCAGUUAAGUAGGUUAUCCAACCCAAAACCAAAACAGAAAGGCUCAAAUCAAUCGCCUUGGGGAUUUGAGAGAAUCAUAUUGUAAAGGCUCGUAGUAUUCCUCUCUUUUGGUGCACCCUUCAAUAGAAUGAUGACAGUCAUCCUUCGCAAAUGGAAAUUUAUACAUAUGAAGAAGUAGUGGAAGUGGGAGCUGAAACAGGAUGGCUUCAGCAGGACUUGGAGUUGUACUUGAACCUUUGUUAAAGAAGGCCUUUGCUCUUGCUGCUGAGGAGAUCAGUCUUGUCUGGGGUGUCAACAAGCAACUCCAAAAGCUUGGUGAUAAGUUAGAGAUGAUUCAUGCUUUGUUCACAGAUGCUCAGAACAAGCAACUAGUUAGCAGAGCUGUCCAACUUUGGCUGAAGAAGCUACAGUCGGUUUCGCUUGAUAUUGAGAUUGUGUUGGAUGAUUUUGAAUAUGAAGUACUUCGCCAGAAGAUCCACCGGCGAAAGAGGGACAAGGUGCGCAGCUUCAUGUCAUCCUCUAAUCCUAUUUUGUUCCACCGAAAAAUGGCCCAUAACAUGAAGGAAAUCCUUUCAUGUUUAGAAGAAAUUUAUGUUGAAUCGCAUCAAAUUGGCCUUCAGCCGAUCCAAAUGAUAAACUCGCUUCCUGUUUUUAAAGAAAAAAGGCAAACGGAUCCUUUUGUUGAGGAUUCAGUGAUUCUGGGGAGGGAUAUAGAUGUCUCAAAGGUGAUGAACAUGUUAACUAGCUUAGACUAUGAAAAGGAAUUGCCGGUUAUUGCUAUUCUAGGGAUGGGUGGUCAAGGAAAGACAACCCUAGCGCAGCUGGUUUACAAAAAUGAUACUGCCAAGAGUUACUUCGACAAGUUGAUGUGGCUCUGUGUCUCUGACGAUUUUAAUGUCGAAAGACUGUUAUGUCUAAUGUUGCAAUCUCUCUCAAAGGCCAAUCAUCAGUUGGCAAGUACAGAAGCUUUAGUGAGUGGGCUGCAAGAACAUCUAAGAGGUAAGAGAUAUUUGCUGGUACUUGAUGAUAUUUGGAAUGAUAAUGGUGAUGAAUGGGAUCGGAUGAGGACAUGUUUACUUGAAAUUGGUGGUUCUAAAGAUAGCAAGGUCCUGACCACCACGCGCAGCGAGAAUGUUGCUUCAGCAAUGCGAGCAUCUAAACUCCAUCGACUUGAUAUACUCUCAGAAGACCAGAGUUGGUCUCUAUUUGAGCAAUGUGCAUUUGCAGAAGGGGGUCCUAUAAAGACAGGACAAUUGAUGGAAAUGGGUAAAAGGAUAUUAAAAAGGUGUGGAGGUGUGCCUUUAGCUAUAAAGGCAAUAGGAGGUUUACUAUACUCUAAGCAUUCUGAAUACGAUUGGUUAAUGAUUGCAAGAAGUGAAACAUGGAGUACAUUUAGUGAAGGAAACAAAGUUUUGUCUGCCAUCAAAUUGAGUUAUGACUAUUUGCCUUCAUUGCCAGUUAAACAAUGCUUUGCAUAUUGUGCUAUCUUUGAGAAGGACACAAAUUUGAAGAAGGAUCAGCUCAUACAACUUUGGAUGUCUCAAGGGCUACUUAAUCCUCCAAGAGGAAGUCCUUUGCGGAUGGAAGACAUUGGUAACAUCUACUUCAAUAUACUUCUAAGGAACUCUUUAUUGCAAGAAACUAGAGAAGAUAAAAUGGAUAGUGACAGCAAUGUCGAGCAUUUCAAGAUGCAUGACCUGGUGCAUGAUGUUUCAUUACAAGUGUCGGAGAAUUACUGCUUUCAUAUCAAAGAUUGGAAAUCCAUAAGCAAUGAACUUGAAGCUGUGCACAUAUUGGCUCAUUUUGGUGAAAAUGGAAUGCGCAAGAGCUUGAAAGGUAUUCUUCCCUCAAAUUUACGGACCCUUCAUGCAAAAGGUGUUAACCUGGUUGCACUUGCAAAUUUGUUCCCAAACUUUAGGUGCCUCUUGGUUUUGAUUGUUGAAAAUUGGGAUUUGUCGCAACUACCGAGUGACAUUGGUAUGAUGAAACAUUUGAGAUAUUUGGACAUUAGCCAUACAAGGAUAGAUAUACUCCCACAGUCAAUCACAAAGUUGUACUAUUUGCAAACUCUAAGAGUUUUCAAUUUGUGCCAGGUGCCGAAAGGGUUUGAGCAUUUGAUUAACUUAAGGCGAAUUGAAACGUACAAUGAAGAGGACCUCUACAAGAUUUUCUUUCCAGGAUUAGGCCAACUGAGAAAUCUUCAAAAAUGGUCUGUAUUUAAGGUGGGUGGAGGCAAUGGUGGUUAUCAAAUGGAACAGCUAGAACAUUUGGACAACUUGACAGGUGAACUAAAAAUAAUAGGCCUUCAAAAUGUGAGAAGCUAUGCAUCUGCUAUCAAGUCCAACUUGUCAAGUAAGUCAAAUAUUGAAACCUUGGAACUCCAUUGGGAUUAUUGGCGUGGAAGGGAAGAAGGCUGUGAUGAUGCGGAGGUUAUGGAGGGUUUGAAACCGCAUUCGAGUUUGAAGAGUUUAGGAAUCAACGGAUAUCAAAGUCUGAAGUUUCCAUCGUGGAUGACAGGCGAGAAUGAUUCAGUGAUACUUCAAAAUCUGGUGAAGCUGAAAUUAGGGAAGCUACACAAAUGCAAAAGGCUCCCGACACUCGGACUCUUGCCUCAUCUCGAGCAUCUGGAGAUUUUCUCAUUGAACAAUGUGAAGUACAUCGGAAAAGAAUUCUAUGGUUGGUCGAAUCUGAAUCGGGCAACAAAAAGUAGCAGAUCAGAAAUCACCCUUUUUCCUGCAUUGAGGAAACUUCAGUUAUCUGAUAUGAAAAGUGUAGUGAAAUGGUCAGAUGCAAUUGUUUCUCAUCCAACACCACAGUCUUCACCACUGCUUACUCAAGUAAAUGUAUUUCCUCAUCUGGAAGAGUUAGCGGUUUCAGAUAUACCCAAUUUGAGUGUUUUCCCCAAUUUGGGUAAUCUUCCAAGUCUUCAGCACUUGAGACUAAUACGAAUUGGGGGUGGAAAUACAAAUUUCGGGUCCCCUGAUGAGAGGCUGAGCCAUUCACCUGAAGAUCCUGUUUCGGGUUCAGAUAUCUAUCAGUAUUAUUACUACUUCCCAUCGUUACGCCAAUUUUGGAUCAAAGAUUGUUGCAAGCUGAGUGCACCAUUUUGCAGCCUCACCCCGACAUUGGCCCUGGUUGAGUCCUUGACGAUUAGGCGCCAUCAGGAUCUUCACCACAUAAUCAGCAUUAGAGCUCGGGAAGGAUUCGAACUCGACUGCUUCCCUUGGCCUUAUCCUACCAUCUCAACUCCAACGAGUAAUGAUGUAUCUCUCACAGCACUUACAUUGGAUGGAAAUGGUAGAUUGCCGAAAGUCACAUCUCUCCCUUAUCAAAUUCAGUAUGUUACCACUUUGAUGAGAUUGGAGAUAUGUGGUUUUGAUGGUUUGGAAGCUCUGCCUGAGUGGUUGGGUAACUUGGAACAUCUUCAGCACUUGAGAAUUUUGGCAUGCAGGAAUCUCAGGCAGCUUCCCUCGGCCGAAGCAUUUCGCCGUCUCACCGACUUAAUUAUUCUGGAAAUCAAGUUCUGUCCUGUUCUAGAGAAGAGAUGCGGGAGAGGAAAUGGUUCAGAGUGGCACAAGAUUGCUCAUUUAUCUUCAGUUCAUUUGGGUUCCCUGUAAGUAACUGACCUAAUCUACUUCAAUCAGUUCCUUUAUGGGUAUGGUUUCUCUUAGUUCAAUGAAUGAAUGAAUAACCCGAUUCUCUCCCCUUGUGUUUCUGGGUAGGUUGGAGGAAUGUGAUCAUUUGCGCCAUGGAAUCUGAUUCUGCCAAAUGCAAGUUUACACUGUAAACUGUAAAUACUACCCUCCCCGGGUUAAAGUUUUGACGAAAUUGUCUAAUGAACACUCCAGGAUCACAUUUCCCUGAGCUUUGGGCCCAUGAUAGUUGUUAGUCAUUUGGGUUGGGUUUGUCGGUUUCAUUCCCACAGAGAACAAAGCAAUUUAUAAGCACACAGGUUAUGGUGGAGUAGUAAGGACUCAUCUACUCUUAACCAUAGGUCAAUGAUUCGAAUCUCGUCAUGGGCAUGGAGCAAUCUUAAAUCAUUUGGCCAGCUCUCUCACCUAUCGAGGUGUCUACCAUGAGCGAUGAGGAUUAGUCACUGUUGUCGACGGUGAACAUCCCUGCGAUAUAAAAAAAAAGGAAAAAAUAUAUAUAUAUAUAAUUUAUUCUUUUGCCUUUUCUCAAAAAGCACUAAAGCAAUA